GUGGGGGACUUUUCCUCACCCAUCCAUCCAUCCAUCCAUCCAUCCAUCCAUCCAUCUUUUUUCCUCCGCCAGCCAUGUGGAAGUACGAGUGUCUGAUGGUGGUGCUGAGCGUCGCCGCGUUAGCGAGCGCCCAGUUCCCCCGCGUGUGCGUGACCCCCGAGGGCCUCCGCAGCGCCGAGUGCUGCCCGUCCCCCAUCCCCGCCACCGUGGACCCCUGCGGCGCCAGCCUCGGGCGCGGAGAGUGCGUCGCGAUUGCGGCGGACUCGCGGCCGCACGGUCCGCAGUACCCCCACGACGGGACGGACGACCGGGAGCGCUGGCCGGUCAGGUUCUUCAGCCGGGCGUGCCGGUGCCUCGGGAACUUCACGGGGUUCGACUGCGGCAAGUGCCGACACGGCAUGAUGGGGCCGCUCUGUGACCAGCCCGUCGCUGUAGUCAGGAGAAACGUGAUGGACUUCAACGCCGAGGAGAGGCGCACAUUCCUGAACGUUAUGGACCAGGCCAAGCGCACAGUGCACCCGGACAUCGUGAUCGCCACGCGUCGCUUCGCUGAGGUGUUCGGCCCGGACGGGAACACCAUGCAGUUCGAGAACAUCACCAUCUACAACUACUUUGUCUGGUCCCAUUACUACUCUGUCAGCAAGACCUUCCUCGGGGCAGGUCAGGCCAGUUUCGGGGGAGUGGACUUCUCUCACGAGGGGCCCGGGUUCGUCACAUGGCAUCGCUAUCACCUGAUGCAGCUCGAGAAGGACAUGCAGGACAUGCUUCAAGACCCCAGCUUUGCCCUGCCAUACUGGAACUUCGCCAUCGGGGGCAGCACCUGCGACAUCUGCACAGACGACCUGCUGGGCGCCAGGAGCAACUUCGACAUGAACUCCAUCAGCACCAACUCCAUCUUCGCAGAGUGGAGGGUCAUCUGCGAGAGUGUGGACGAUUAUGAUACCUUGGGAACCAUCUGCAACAGUACCGAGUCCAGCCCCAUCCGUAGGAACCCGGCCGGUAACGUGGCGCGGCCCAUGGUGCAGAGGCUGCCCGAGCCCCAGGACGUGGUGGACUGUCUGGAGGUCAACACCUUCGACACGCCCCCCUUCUACUCCACCUCCAGCGAGAGCUUCAGGAACUCCAUCGAAGGCUACAGCCACCCCAAAGGCCCCUAUGACCCCGUGGUGAGGAGCCUGCAUAACCUGGCCCAUCUCUUCCUGAACGGCACAGGUGGCCAGACUCACCUGUCCCCUAACGACCCCAUCUUUGUUCUGCUGCACACCUUCACGGACGCCAUCUUUGACGAGUGGCUGCGCAGGCACCCCGAGUCGGCAGUGUACCCGGUGGAGAAUGCCCCCAUUGGCCACAACAGGGGCUACAACAUGGUGCCCUUCUGGCCUCCCAUCACCAACGCUGAGAUGUUCGUCACCGCCCCUGAGAACCUGGGAUACUCCUAUGAGGUCACCUGGCCAACUACCCCACUGACCCUGACGGAGAUCAUCACCAUCACGGUGGUGUCUGCUCUGAUCGUGGUGGCCAGUGUCUUCGCCAUCACCACCUGCGCCGUCCGCUCCAAGGCCACCAGCCACCUCGAGGGACGGCAACCGUUGCUAGGCGACCAGUACCAGCGCUAUGACGACGACAGGCUCGGAGACAAGUCGCAGUCUGUCGUAUGAAAAUGCCAAUAAGGAUGACGGUGAUGAUGUGACCCCUAAGUUGUAAGAGAAAAGAUAAAGCUAAAAAUGCUCUGACCACUUUUUUUCUCCAUAUUAAUGCCAUUUGGAAACAGGCAUUUAAAUUAUGUUUUGGAUUUGUCCGCUAUACUUAUGUAGACUCAAAAUAGGAAUUUCCUUUUUUUAUUAUUAUUUAGAGGUCAUAACAACCUUGUUUAAAUAUCAAUGAGAUGAGGAACCGAAACGGAAUUUUAAGUUGUAGGUGCUAAAACACUGAGUUGCGUACAGCAGAAGUUUGUAUGAUGUAUAUUUGUAAACAUGACAUUUGGGUACAUACUGUUUUUUCCAUAAAAAAGUAAAUUUGGUGACCAGUGAUUAUAACCUUAAUGGUAUUAAACACAAUUAAUCGUUAAAAAAAAAAAACACCUGCCUGAGUGUGGUUUGUGCUCGAUAAUUACCUCCGCCAAGGAGGCUGUGUUUUCAGUCGCGUUGGUUUGUC